AUGGAGAUAGCUAAGGUGGACACCGCCUCCAAGCCAGAAAAGACGACAACCUUGUUAAAGCCCGUUUAUGAGGCAUCCACGGUGCAGCUGUUCUGGAACGAUACAAGCGAGAAAGUCAAUAGAACCGUGAACGCCGCAGCGUAUGAGCCACGGACCAAUGCCUUAGCGAAAAAAUUAUCGAAAAGGCUGUCGCUGAAACAGAAGAAGCUGCUAGAUGGCUCCUCACUUGAAGAACUGGAGAACAUGUUACAACUGAACCUUGACCGCGCCAUCGAACAGCAGACGGCCGACAGGACAAGUGCCGCAAUGCUCGAUCGUGCCGAGCGGAAAACCACUCGUUUCUUAAACUCUUUUCAUAGCUACGUUCAAGCAUACUCAGGCGUGAUCCAGAUAAUGAACGGUGCGCCUGGAGGGGGUGGAUAUGGGGAUGCCGCAUAUGGUGCCCUAUCGCUCUUCCUAAUGUUCGCUGUGAACAAAGCAAAGACCGACGAGCUCAUUGACCAAAUGAUGCACAAGCUCCACCAACAAUACUGCAGGAUAAAGAUGGUUGAAACGAUCUACCACACCGACCGUAUGAAAGAGUUUACAGCCCAAGUGUACAGACUUGGUGUCGAGUUCCUUUACACUGCGACUCGAUUUUACUCAAUGAGUGCUAUCCGGAAGAUGUGGCAUGUUGUGGCACAGCCGCCCAGCGUGCAGCUCACCAACAAAAUCGCCGAGAUUGAAGAUGCUAUUGAAGGCAUGGCGCAAGAAAUGAGGAUCCUUGAUGGAAUCAGAAUCGCAAAUAUAGAAAUGAAUCUCCACCAAACAGCGGCCCAGGUCUCUAGAGUUGCGGGACAUACAGAAGCCUUGCGAGCACACGAGCAACAAAGGCAGCUUGACAGCAUGAAGUCGCUGUUGGGAGUUGUAUUGGACAGAGUUGAUCCAUCCCUGGAUAAAUACCUGGAGCUUCUAGAGGAGAGAUUCGAUGGCGCAAACAUGGCUACUUUCGACGUGGACGCUCUUUAUCGUCACCGUGACUUUGCAACGUGGCGCAAUAGUGACGUGCUCAAUCUCCUCAUCCUGCGAGACUCAACACUCGUACCAGGUAUGAGUGAUCUGAGUUGGCUGUCUCCCGUUCCGGUGAGAAUCGUUCAGGACUCCAAUGAGCUGUUCCAGGAGCAUGCACCUCUCCUUUUGCGACAUUUUUGUCGGUUCACUGAUGAUUGGAGUAGCCGAGAUACCAAAGUUGAGGCACAGAGCAUAGUCAGAAGCCUGAUCUUCCAACUUCUGAGGAACCGACGCAGCGGAUCUCUGUUGCUCAACGAUGCCUUCUACAACAAGACAAAGCGUGACAUAGAACACGUUAAUGGGGUGGACGCGGAAAGACCUUCCGAAAUCUUGAAACGUUUAUUCCGCAUCCUGGGAUCCAUCAUGGAGAUGGUGGGUGUUGAUCGACUUCUCAUAAUCGUUGAUCGGCUGGACGAGAUGAUCGGAAGCCUGGAUGCGUUCUUUGAGCCACUGUCAGAAUUGAUUGCUAAACACCAGUGCAAGGUGAAAGUUCUUUUGACCUUGGGCAGACAGCGUUCUUUGGACGAAGGCCGCAUGAGGCGCGCAUUAGGAGAAGAGGGGUAUAAGAUUUUGGAUUGGGAUCAAAGCGACUGA